UUGUAGCCGUUUAAAAUCGAAGCCGACGUUUUUUCGGUUUUUUUUGUUAGCUUUUUCAAAAAGAGUUUUUUUACAAUUUCUGUUUUUUUUUUGUUGCUGUUGUUUGAGCUUUCUUUCAUUCUUGGGCUGUUAUCGUAAAUAUUGUUUUACUGUUCUCCAUGUUGGUGUUGUUGUUGCUGCUGUUUCUUGCGAUUAUUUUGUUGCUGCUGCCGCUGCAACACACAAAACUGUUGGUCGUCGUUUAGUUUGACAACAGUUUAACGUGGAAAUUAUUGCGAAUUUGUUGUACACGCAAAAAACUCGACAAAACGCCCGCUCGCGUGUUAUCAUAAAAAAAAGUCGUAACGUCAAACGUACUCUCGCCGCCACAAACAAACAAAACCCAAACAGCAACUACCAAACUCAACCAAAGAAAUUUUGAAAACGACUAAAACAAGAAAAAAAAGAACACUGAACGCAGCUAACGUAAUGCCAUUUACGCUUAACGCCUUACAUUGACUUUUAGAGUUGGGUGUUAAUUUUGUCAUUGUCGUGAGAGUUUUUUCUACUUCUUCUUGCGUUGAUUGCUUCAGCCCCAGACAUGUAUGGGCUUAUACGUUGUACAAUGUGAUAUAUUUCUAUUUUUGCAACACUCUAGUCUGGAAAAACCGUCACAUUUCACAAAAGUGUUUCUAAAUGCAAAGACUAGCCACGAAACAAAGUCAAGAUAAUGGAAGAUUAAUCGAUAUGUACAUAAAGUUAAAAACCAAAAAGUGAUGCUAACUGUAAUUUUACAAAGCAUACAAAAGAACAAAAAUAAAACGCCAAUCGUUUAAAUUCAAAAUUGAACUGAUUUAAAAAAAAAAAAUCCAAACAAAAAGUUUUAGAAAAAAAAGCUGAAAAGCAAACAGAGGAACGACGUCAAUUAAAAAAGGACAAUAAGGACUAAGACAAAAUGCCACAACGUUCACCUUUUGCCAUACAGGAACUGCUGGGUCUAAGCAAUAACACCACCACCAACAACAACAACAUAAACACAAACAAAGUCGCCGGCACAUUAGCGGCAGCAGCAGCAGUAGAAGCUGCAGCCACCAGCAACAUGGCCGUUGGCAGUGUGGCUAGCACACAAAAGGACCAAAAGCAAAGCGAAAUAAAACAGGAAGUACACAUGAAUGGCAAUUACAGUAAUGGUAGCAAUGCCGCAACAACAACAACAACAACAACAUCAUCAUCAUCUUCUUCAUCAUCAUCGCCGUCGCCGUUGGCUGCAAAACCCAGCUCUACGGCAAUUAGUUUAGAGUCCAAAGGCCAGAAAACAGCAACACCACCAGCAUUAAAGUCUAGCCUUAAAAUUUCCUCUAAUUUGUAUACAAAUGAGGCUUCAGCGGAAAUGGUUGAAAGAGGGCGGGGGUCCAGCAACAAGUCGGAUAUAAUGCCCACAGAUUUAUCUUCACCUGCAAAUAACAAUUCACCACAUUCAUCGGUCUCCUCCUCCUCCUCGCCCUCCGCCAAUAAUGAGGCCCAGGAGACUGCUACAAGGCUGCAGAAACUACAACAGCAGCAUCAGCAAAGUCAACAACAACAACAUCAUCAGCAACAAAUGUCCAUGGCUGCUGCCUCACGCAUGGCCUACUUUAAUGCCCAUGCGGCGGUGGCAGCCGCCUUUAUGCCCCAUUACCAUUUGGCAAAUUCCUCAGCGCCACACAUGCCACAGUCUUCUCAUCAUGGUGUGGCAGCACAAAAUCCUCACCUUACAGCAAAUCCCUAUGCAACGGUAACAGCAGCUUCGCACAUGCAACAACAUCAUGCCCUAAGCCAUCAGCAGCAGCAGCAGCAGCAACAUCAGCAUCAACAACAGCAACAUCAUCUGCAUCAAUUGCCCACGCUACAGCAUCCUCAUAUGCCAGCAACACAUGCGGCUGCAGCUGCUGCGGCAGCAGCGGCUCAUCACUCAAUGCUGCAGGGUCAGGGCUUUUCACCUUUGAAAAACUUCCCUGGCAGCAGCACAUGUAUACCAGGUUCUCUUGCCGGCAAAGAUUUCUCUUUGGAUGGCCUUAAUGGCUUUGCCAAUAAAAAGAAAAAGAAGAAACGACGUCACAGUCGCACCAUCUUUACCAGCUACCAAUUGGAGAAGCUGGAGGAAGCAUUCAAGGAAGCCCAUUAUCCAGAUGUGUAUGCGCGUGAAAUGUUGUCAUUGAAAACCGAAUUACCUGAGGAUCGUAUACAGGUCUGGUUUCAAAAUCGCCGUGCCAAAUGGCGUAAAACUGAAAAAUGUUGGGGUCGCAGCACUAUUAUGGCCGAAUAUGGUUUGUAUGGUGCCAUGGUACGUCACUCGUUGCCUUUGCCUGAGACUAUAUUGAAGUCGGCCAAGGAGAAUGACUCUGUAGCACCCUGGCUACUAGGUAUGGAGAACAAAAGUAUGCAUCGCAAAUCCAUAGAUGCCCAACACACAUUGCGAGACGAUUCGGGUGUAAGUGAUCCCGAGGAUACUGAAGUCGAUAUGGAAGCCGAAUCUACUCGAGAAAAACUUAAAGCUCAGCACGAAUUAAGCUCUUCCACGGAGUCACUGAAUGUUGUCAGCCCUACACCGCCUUCCUCCUCGUUGCCACCUUCCUCUUCGCCAGCCACUACACCCACAGCAACGACCAUGUCAACACCCUCGCCACACAUUGAUUUAAAUUCACCGGCUGCCUCACCAGUGCAUCAGCAAAUGCAGCAAUAUUUCGCCAAUGCUUCACCCUCGUCCUCAUCCACAUCAUCCCAUCCCUAUGGCAAUCAUCAUUUCGCAGCUCAAACGAGGCUGCCCAUACAAAAUGCCUCAAAUAAAAAUCUGGAAUUGAAUACCACUUCAGCCAGCAUGGGAGGUGCAGUAACAUCGACCAUAACAUCUAUGACUCAAAAUUCGGGGCCAACACCUUCAUAUCAUCCACUAUUGGAUGCAGCCAAUGCCAGUGCCUGUGCGGGAGCCACAACAACCAAAGAUUUUCACAUGAUUAUGAAUACUGCAGUGGCAGCGGCUGCGGCGGCAGCAGCUGGAGAUAUCUAUGGAACGAAUUUAAUGCAGGAUCCAGAUACCUUUAGAAACAAUUCAAUAGCCUGCCUGCGUGCCAAGGCCCAAGAGCAUCAGGCUCGUCUGCUAAACAGCGGCCUCUUUCUGCAGGUUCGUUCAUUUGCAGAUCUUCAACAGCGACAGCAACAACAGCAAUUACAGCAACAAUUACACCAUGGCAAGACAAAUCUUGGCAGUAAUCUAAAAAUUUGUGAUAUAAAAUCUACAGGUCUGGACCAUCAACUUGUGGCCACUCAGAGUGCAGCCUCAACCACAACCAAACGAGAAAUUGUAUAGAUUUUAAAAAUGUAGAUUUUACAAGAAAAUAGUAGAAAAAAAAACUAAACAGGGAAUGUCUUAUAUUUAAAUAAUAAAAUCGAAGCAAAUAUUUUAAAAAUAUUUCCAAGAAUAUGAAAAUCAUCAAGAGAUCUCAUCCAAACUUAAUAUUGUAUUUAUACACUUGAA